CAAAAGCUCCACAGACUAUUACUGCAGACGAAAUAGAAACUUUGAAAGAUUUGGUUGAAUUAUUUGGUCCAUUUCAUGAAGCUACUGUACAAGCAUCAGCGAGUGAUUCUGUUACAAUAUCAUUAAUAAUACACUUACGUGUGGCCUUUACCAUAAAUUAAAUGAUUUGCAAACUAAAAUGAAAACGACAGAAGGUUACAAUACAUGCACUUAUGUAAUUCGACGACUGAGAGUUAGAUUAAUUCACUACGAAAACCGAACAGUUAAAAAAUGGGCACCAUUUUAGAUGCAAGGUUCAAGAAAGAAGGUUUAUCAAGUAACACGGCAGAUAGUGCAGUCAAAGCAUUAGAAGAUGAAAUAGCAAGUUUAGGCAGGGCCGAAUCAUCUUCACAUUAUUAUGAAGAACCGUCAACAUCACCUAAUGUACAACUUCAACCUGAACAAUCGCUUUUUAAAUUUAUAAACAACAAGGUUGCGGAAAGAAAAAAAUCCAAAAGGGUAGAUGCAGUCAUAACUCUUCGGCAAUACCUUAAUAAGCCGAACGCGUUUCAUGACAUUGAUCCUUUAACCUAUUUAAAGCAACGCAAGUGACAUGGAGGCUAUAAAAACUUUAGCCAUACGCUACUUUUGUAUUCCAGCUACCUCAACGGAGUCCGAAAGAAUUUUUAGUAAAGCUGGAAUCCUUAUAUCAGA